UUAGAAACGUUCGUGGACUGGAAUAUUUUCAGUGUCAGAGCCUCUGACACUGAAAAUAUUCAAGGCACCUUUUUAGUUUCACUGUAAUAGUAUUUUGUAAUACAUUUUGAGAAAGGCCACUUUAUCUGAUCAGAAUAACACGUAUGCGUUUUAAGACGAACACUGAUUAUUCGUCGACGACUUGCCGCAAACGUCCAGCAACGUGAUUUUCACAGCCUCAGCUCUACUGACUACUGAAAGACCACCAUGUGCCCCUGGAUUCAAAUCCGAUUUAUUGAUGUUCAGAGUGAGCAGGAAGCAGCUGAAGCCCGGCACAGUUCUGGGCCAAGUCGGCUUUACUGACUGCACAGACCGCACCAGGUUCCUCUUCAGCAGUGACGACAGCCAGUUCAAGGUUCAGACCGAUGGAACUUUAAUGGUCAAGAGAGCAGUAACACUUCAUGAAGGACAUAGGGACUUCUCUGUCCAUGUGUGGGAUUCACAAGGUCUCAAUAUUACCGUUGAUGUGAGACUACUGUACCAAAGGCAUAUUCCUGAAAAUGCUUAUCACAAUAUUGAGCAUCCCCAUGGUGACCACAGCAUUCAGCAAAUGGAGUCUCCAGCAGAGGUGCCUGUUCUCUAUUUUCCCAAGACUAAAGGGCUGAAGAGGAUGAAGAGAGAGUGGAUUGUUCCAGACAUCAAUUUCCUUGAGAAUAACAGAGGACCAUUUCCUCAAGAAAUUACUAAAAUUCGUUCAAGUGAGGCUAAAUUUAAAAGAGUCUUUUAUAGCAUUACUAGUCAUGGAGCUGAUCAACCUCCUGAUGGCCUUUUCAUCAUGGACAAAUACACGGGUGCUUUGUUUGUCACACAACCCCUGGACAGAGAGAAGCAGGCCAGAUAUGUGUUUCAAGCUCAUGCUGUGGCAGAUGGUUCUGACAAUGUUGAGGAGCCAAUGGAAAUUAUAGUGAAUGUACUGGACCAGAACGACAACAAGCCUGAGUUCACUCAAGUUGUAUAUGUAGGACAAGUUCCCGAAGCAUCACCAAAAGGUUUUGAGAUUUGUACAGUAAAUGCCACAGACAAGGAUGAUCCAAAUACAGAUGGAGGAGUCGUUCGCUAUCGUAUUAUGAGCCAGGACCCCCAAUUGCCCACCGACCCUCUGUUUGCCAUAAACGCAGUCACUGGGGUCAUUUAUAUCAGUAAUACUGGGCUGGACAGAGAGAAAUGGCCACAGUAUACUCUGGGGAUACAGGCUGCCGACACCAACGGAGAUGGGUUGCGCGCAGAAGCCCAAGUAAUUAUUACUGUAACUGAUAGCAAUGACAAUGCUCCAGUCUACACUCAGCCCUGGUAUGAUGCAGAAGUGGAAGAAAAUCAGGAAGGCGUUCUUGUGGCCAAGAUGGUGGUAACGGAUGGGGACGAGCCACAUACCCCGGCCUGGAAUGCCAAGUUCAGGAUCGUUGGUGGUGACCCCGGAGGGCUUUUCAGUGUGACAACAGGAAGUAACAAACAAGAAGGAAUUAUUACAACUGCGAAGAGUCUUGACUUUGAAGCAAGCAGCAAACACACCUUGUUGGUUGCAGUAGAGAAUGAGGUUCCCUUUGCUGUUUUGCUGCCCACGGCCACUGCCACAGUGGUGAUCAACGUGAAGGAUGUCAAUGAACCUCCAGUGUUUAAUCCAAAAACAAAGACUGUGACCAAACCAGAAGACCUUGUUCCUAACAGCGAAGUAACUCAGUUCACAGCAAUUGACCCAGACACGGCACGCUCACAGACUGUCCAGUAUAAAAUACUCAGUGACCCUGCAGGAUGGCUGAACAUCAGUGAAGACAAAGGUGUGAUAACGGUGAAAAGCAGCAUGGACAGGGAGUCUAACUUUGUCAGGGAAAACUCGUACACAGCACUCAUUGGUGCAUAUGAUAAUGAUGAGUCCCCAGCCACAGGAACUGGUACACUAAUCAUUCAGCUUCAGGACGUCAAUGACAACGCCCCGUUCAUUGAGGAGCGCGCUAUUAAGAUAUGCAACAAGGAACCAGUUGAGCAGCUGCUGACUGUGAUCGAUAAAGAUGAGCCAGGAUUUGGUGCUCCGUAUGCCGUCUCAUUACUUGGCACAUCAAAGCCCAUCUGGACCGCUAAGAUGAAUAGCACCAAAACUGGCAUAAUCCUGAAUUUGGCUACGGAGCUGCCCAGUGGAGACUACGUUGUGUCCCUUAAAGUUUCAGACAACCAGGGCUUGGAUCAGACAAGCACUCUGCAGGCCAAAGUGUGUGACUGCACUGGGAAAGACGUGAUCUGCCAAGCGCCUGUUGUAGCUGCCAUAUCGGGAAUCCUGGGAGGCAUCCUGCUGCUGCUUAUGUUGGUGCUGCUGUUGCUGAUGUUUGCAAGACGGAGAAAAGCAGAGAAAAGCGAGCCCCUACUGCAGGAAGAUGACAUCAGAGACAACAUCUAUAAAUACGAUGAGGAGGGAGGUGGUGAGGACGACCAGAACUUCAAUCUUGGCGUUCUCCACCGUGGGCUGGAUAACCGGCCAGAAGUCUUCAGAAAUGAUGUGGUGCCAAACUUCAUGCCAGCUCCUCAGUACCGGCCUCGUCCUGCCAACCCGGAUGACAUUGGCACCUUCAUUGAUGAUAACCUGAAGGCAGCAGACAACGACCCCACGGCGCCCCCCUAUGACUCGCUUCUGGUAUUUGACUAUGAGGGAGGGGGCUCGGAUGCAGGAAGCCUAUCGUCCCUGAACUCCUCGAACAGCGGAGACCAGGACUACAACUCGCUCAACGAAUGGGGGCCGCGCUUUAAGAAACUGGCAGAUAUGUAUGGUGGAGGGGAAGACGACAUGCUGUAACCUGCAUGACUGGCUGUUAACACUAAAUUUGUGAAUAUAUAUGAAGUUUGUGCAUCCCAGGGAAAGAAAUUUGAGCCAGACGUUGGGCUCAUAUGUGCCUUUGGUUGUGGAUGUGUUUGGUUUGUGGUUUAUGUUUGACUGCAGUUACUAGAGUUUAUCAGGUAUGAUGAGAUUAUUUUACCUUUUAAAACAAGUUCCCCUUUGUGAAUCUUAAAGUGCUCCAUCUGUAUUUUACAACCAUGUUCAAUACUGGAAAUGUUUGUCUAAUCUAUAGAUUUCAUGCAGAUAUUUGAGGCUGACAGCUACAUGACAGUGGAAUAACAUGUUUGCAAUGCACUGAAAUGUUAAGCAGUGUAUUUUUUUGUUUCAUAUCUUCAUCUGAACCCACCGUUCUAAGUUCCCUUCCAGUCUACUCUGUUAUUCAGUUUUUCUGGGAAGAACAGGCACCUACAGUAAUUCUUUUGUCAUGCCAGAGGGCUUGAAGAUCUUACAGUCACCUCUGCAUUUUGCAUAUAGCCACUGAAGUCAACACUGUGGGAUGUUCUGAUAAUCAUAGUCUGGUGUCUUUUGUUUGUCCGAAGACAAGUAAACAUAGACAUAGUAAAAAGGCUGCAGAAUAAGAGAACUUCCAUUUAUUAUCAAGAGUCACAUAAAUGAGUUAUGAGCACCAUUAGAAAUACCUUUACUCAUCCUUUGAGAGAGUUGAUUAAUUUCCACAAACUAUCUUUCUAUAAAAUUAUAGAAUUUACUGUUUUUUUAUAUCAAUACCUGUAAGUGGGAGGGGGGGGGGGGGGGGGGGUCAUGCUAGAAUGUAGCAUGAAUGAAGGAAAGCAUGAGUGAAUAAUGGUGCUUUUAACAUUUGUUUGAGUAUGAAUAGCAGUAAGCACAGAUGGUUUUCAGUAUUUCUUGCAAUUAUUAUCUUGCUGAGCUACUUAUCCCCUAUGCUCCUUCCUGGUCAGCUAGACCAGCUCCUCCUGACAGUACCGAAGUCAAGGCGGAAGCCUAGAGGGGACAGAGCUUUUGCCGUUGCAGCACCCAAUUAUGAAAUGCCCGACCACUGCACAUUAGGCAGGCACCUUCAUUGUCCAUUUUUAAAACUUACUUGAAGACUUUUUACUCUCUGGCUUUUAAUUUAGCAUGAAGACUCUGUGUUUCUUCUUCUUUUGUUUUUAUUGUCAUCUUAUUUAUUAUUCAUUGUUCUAAGUAUUGUCUUAAUUGCUUGUUUUGCUUUUGACUAGCUGUGUACAGCACUUUGGUCAGCCAAGGCUGUUUUUAAAGGGCUUUAUAAAUAAAGUUGAGUUGAGUAAU